UUAUGGAACUGUGAAUCUUUAAAGAACAUUUUCCUAUAAAAAGGCUAGCAUCUGUGAAUUUAAAUUAAUCAUUGUUCUUUUAAACCAGAAUCCUGCUUUAAACAUGAAAGUAUUCAUUUUUGUACUUUUUACAACGGCAUGCCUGUUAGCUGUUACUUACGCUCAAAAUAAGAAUUGUGAUGCCAUUUGUUCUGAAAUAUUCAAACCAGUUUGUGCAACUAAGGAUAAAGGAAAAACUUAUCGCACCUUUGGAAACAGUUGUCACUUAGGAAAUGAAAAUUGCAAAACUAAAAAUGCUUAUAAGACCGUUGAUAUAAAAAAAUGUAAAUAGUUGUGUUCAUAUUUUAAAAUUUGAAAUAAACAAAAAUUUAUUGCAAA